AUAGCAGGGUUUUUUAGGGGGAGAUUUCGAUGUGCAUUUUCUCUCUCUCUCUCUCUCUCCUCUCUGGAAAGCAGCUCAGAUCGUGCGUUCUGUCGUUGCAGGUCCGUCAACAACUUCCUGAUGACUGGACCAAAGGCAUUCCUGACCUACUCCAGCAGUGUGGCUGCCGGGGCUGAAUCCGGGAUCGAGGAGUGCAAACACCAGUUCGCGUGGGAGCGCUGGAACUGUCCGGAGAGCGCACUGCAACUCUCCACUCACAACGGCCUUCGGAGCGCCACCAGGGAAACCUCUUUCGUGCACGCGAUCAGCUCUGCGGGUGUCAUGUACACCCUGACCAGGAACUGCAGUCUGGGGGACUUCGAAAACUGCGGCUGUGAUGAAUCCAAGAGUGGUCAGACUGGGGGGAGAGGAUGGAUCUGGGGAGGCUGCAGCGACAACGUGCAAUUUGGGGAAAGAAUCUCUAAGCAGUUCGUAGACGCUCUCGAAACUGGACAGGACGCCAGAGCCGCCAUGAACCUCCACAACAACGAGGCGGGGAGGAAUGCUGUCAAGGGGACCAUGAUGCGGACCUGCAAAUGCCACGGGGUGUCGGGAAGCUGCAGUGUCCAGACCUGUUGGCUGCAGUUGGCCGACUUCAGGGACAUCGGCAAUUACUUGCGGGUGAAACAAGAGCAAGCGGUGAAGAUCGACCUGGAGAAGCGGCGGAUGAGGGGCGGCAACAGCGCGGAUAAUCGGGCGGCCAUCGCCGAGGCGUACAGCGCCAUCCUGCACACGGAGCUGGUGUACCUGGAGGACUCCCCGGACUACUGCGUGAGCAACGCCACCCUGGGGCUGCAGGGCACGGAGGGCAGGGAGUGUCUGCAGGGCGGCCAGGGCCUCUCCCCGCGGGAGAGGAGGAGCUGCCGGCGGCUGUGCACCGAGUGCGGGCUCCGGCCCGAGGAGAAGAGGACCGAGAUCGUCAGCAGCUGCAACUGCAAGUUCCACUGGUGCUGCACUGUGCAGUGUGAGCAGUGUCGGCGAGUGGUCACCAAACACUACUGCUCCCCCCGGGACAGGAGAAGGGCCCCCGGACACUCCAGGCGCAAAAACCGGGCUCACAACUGGUGA